GUUUUGGAUCACAUGCUACAUACAAAUGGUCUGCAGGGAAACAGAUCUGGAGAUGUUUCUUGUGAUAGUUACAAUAACUAUGAUAAAGAUAUCCAGCUACUGAAAGAUCUCGGUGUAUCGGCUUAUCAUUUCUCUAUCUCCUGGACAAGAAUACUUCCUGAUGGAACAAACAAGAGUGUUAAUCAGGCAGGAAUAAACUACUAUAAUAAAGUUAUUAACACUCUGCACAAGGCUAAUAUCGAACCUAUCGUUACCUUAUAUCAUUUUGACUUGCCUUACCAACUAGAGAGAUUGGGUGGCUGGAUGAAUGAAGAAACUGGAAAUCAUUUUAAAAAUUAUGCUGAUAUCUGCAUGAAAUACUUUGGAGACAGGGUUACUAAAUGGAUAACAAUAAAUGAUCCAUUGCAAGUGGCAACAAAUAAUUCUGCCCCUGGUAAACCUGUGAGCUAUAUAGCUGGUAAACAUCUGAUGCUUGCUCAUGCUGUGGUAUAUCAUCUAUACAACAACACAUAUAAAGCAAAACAAAAAGGAAUGGUCAGUAUUGCAAUAAAUACUGAGUGGUUUGAACCUAAAAAUCCAAAAAAUCCACAGGACAUUCAGGCUGCAGAGCGAGCCCUACAAUUUCAUCUAGGGUGGUUUGCAAAUCCUAUCAUUAAAAAUGGUGACUAUCCAGAAGUAAUGAAAAGUGGAAAUACAAAUUCUGAAAAAUUGCCUAGAUUAACAAAGCAGGAAUCAAAUAUUCUUAAAGGAACUGUAGAUUUUUUGGCUGUCAACACGUUCACAAUCAAAACUGUUACCCCUGACAAUGAGUUUAAUGUGAACUUUAGGUCGGAUUUCGAUAAAGACGUUGGAGUGAAAAUCGACGAAGAUCCUAAAUUAAAAGGAACGUGUAAGACAGAUCUAAAAGUAGCACCUUGGGGUAUUCGGAAGUUACUAAACUGGAUAAAUUAUAACUAUAACAUACCAGUAUUGGUUACCGAGAAUGGUAUAUGUGAUAACGGACAAAUAAAGGAUCUGCAAAGAAUUGAUUUUCAUAGACAAUCUAUCAACGAAGUUUUAAAAGCAAUUAAAUAUGAUGGCUGCAAAGUGAUUGGAUAUUCUGCAUGGUCAUUCCUAGAUAGUUUUGAUUGGGAUAACGCAUAUACAUCACCUUUUGGUCUAGUUCACGUAGACUUUAAUUCGCAAAAUAGGACAAGAACGCAAAAAUCUUCUUUCAAAUUUUAUAAACAACUCAUAAAAGAACAUGGAUUUAGACCUGGCUUUCCGGGGAAAGGAGGCCGUGGGACUGCUCCAGCAUAUGAAAAUCAGUUUUAUUACGACGUGUUUCCAGAGAAAUUUGUAUGGAGUUCAGCUACAUCCGCUUAUCAGAUUGAAGGAGGAUGGAAUGAAGGAGGAAGAGGACCAAGUGUUUGGGAUGACUUCGUUCAUUUGGGUAACACAAUUGCUGGCAAUGUUACUGGUGAUGUAGCUUGUAAUAGUUAUCACAAAUAUAAAGAUGACAUCAAAAUCUUGAAAGAAAUGGGGGUGAGCGCAUACCGGUUUUCAAUAUCCUGGUCAAGGAUAUUACCUACUGGGUUAAAAUCCAGUUUGAAUCAAGAAGGUAUUAAUUACUACAACAGUUUGAUUAACGGACUGAUUGCGGAAGGAAUCAAACCUAUGGUAACACUAUUUCACUGGGAUCUACCUGCCAAUCUAGAAAACACAUAUGGUGGAUUUCUAAAUAGCUCGAUUCAGCGAUAUUUUACAGACUAUGCUAAGAUAUGCUUUGAAAACUUUGGUGAUAGGGUCAAAUUAUGGAUUACAUUUAACGAGCCCUGGAUAACAGCCUGGACUAGUUACGGUGAAGGCGGAUUCCCUCCUGCCAAACAUGGGAAAGGCACAAACACCUACAUUGCAGCUCACAACAUCAUAUUGUCACAUUCAAAAACUUAUAGACUGUAUAAAAAAGAUUUUAGUCAUCAAAAUGGCGAGGUUGGUAUUACAUUAAAUGUUGGUUGGGCUGAACCAAGAAAUCCGUAUAGUCAAGAUGAUAUAGAAGCUUCUGAACAAGCAUUGAUGUUUGAUUUUGGAUGGUUUGCAAGUCCUGUAGUGUAUGGUGAUUAUCCCGACUUAAUGAAAUGGAGUGUGGGAAAUAAUAGUAAAAUCCAAAGCAUACCGUCAUCAAGGCUUCCUGAAUUUUCCGAAAGUGAAAAGCUUUUAAUAAAAAACAGUACUGAUUUUCUUGGAUUAAAUGCCUAUGGAUCAAGCCUCAUGUUUAAAGAAAAAUUUAAUAUAAAAAAUGAUAUAAGUUACUGGGUAGAUAGAGGGGUUGGUUCAGCUACAGAUCCAAGUUGGCUUGGAUCAGGAUCAAGUUGGUUGUGGGUGACACCAUUUGGAUUACGUAAACUUCUUAACUGGAUAACGGAAACCUACAACUACCCAAUCUACGUUACAGAGAACGGCGUAUCGGACAGAAAUGGUUCACUGAAUGAUGUGCAUCGUGUAAACUAUUAUAGAUCAUACAUAAACGAAAUGCUCAAAGCAAUCAAAUUGGAUGGGUGUAAAGUUAAAGGAUAUACCGCUUGGUCAUUAAUGGAUAACUUUGAAUGGAGGCAAGGGUUCGUUGAAAAAUUUGGAUUGCAUUAUAUUGAUUUUAACGAUCCAAACAGAACACGGAUUCCAAAACUGUCAGCAUUAUUCUAUCAUAAUCUGAUUAAAGACCAUGGUUAUUUCGAAAAAGCAUUUACGGCACCAGGAGGGCUGCCAGUUAUUGAGUAUGAGGAUACGGUAUAUUAUGGAAGUUUUCCUGAUGACUUUGCUUGGGGUGUUAAUACAGCAGCCUAUCAGAUAGAAGGAGGCUGGGAUGCAGAUGGGAAAGGACAAAGUGUCUGGGAUACUUAUACUCAUUCUGGAAAAGCAAAGAACGGCAACAACGGUGAUAUAUCAACAGACAGUUAUAGAUUGUAUCUAACAGAUGUACAAUUAUUAAAAAAUCUAAAUGUGAGUCACUACAAGUUUUCAUUAGCAUGGUCACGAAUACUUCCAAAUGGUACAGUGCAAUCAAAAAACCAAGCCGGGAUAGAAUAUUACAGACAGCUGAUAGAUGCUUUAAUUGAUUCAGGAAUAGAACCAGUAGUAACGCUGAAUUACUGGGACCUACCACAAGCGUUACAAAAUUCUGGUGGAUGGCUCGACAAUCAUACUGUCACAUUGUUCAACGAAUUUUCAAGGCUGUGUUUCGAAGAAUAUGGAAACAGGGUUAAGAUGUGGAUAACACUUCACGACCCUAAACUAUUAGCCCAUGAAGGAUACGAGACUGGAUAUUUUCCACCAUCUGUUGGACAUAGAGAUGGGAUAGGAAUCUACCUUGCUGCUCACAACAUGCUCAGAGCUCAUGCUGCAGUAUAUAGAACGUAUCAAACUUUGUUUAAGGAAAAACAAAAAGGCAAAGUUGGAAUAGCAUUAGGGACAAAAUGGGCUGGCCCUCUAAGGAUGUAUAGUCCAGGCGACUGGGAUGCCUCCGCAACUACUAUGGCAUUUGACUUAGAUUGGUUUGCAAAUCCUAUAUUUGGUGAUGGAGAUUAUCCUACACAGAUGAAAUCAAGUGUAAAUAAAAACAAUACGAUUCAAAGACUUCCAUCGUUUUCUGAGAAAGAGAAGGAGUCUUUAAGAGGAUCUGCUGACUUCCUAGGUCUAAACCUCUUCACAGCAAUAAAAGUUACACCUACGAUAAAUGAAGGGGAGUUGAAAGGUUUACAUAAAGAUGCAAAGGUUGACUACUCAGCAGAUACGAAUUGGGAAAGGACGGACACUAAUUAUGAGUCCUAUGUGACACCUUUUGCAAUGCGAAAAACAUUGAAUUGGAUAAAACAAAAAUAUGGAGAUGUCCCUGUUUACGUUACACAGACAGGACGAUCAGACCAUGAUGGAAGACUUCAUGAUCAACAUAGGAUAUCAUACUUCGAGAAAUACAUAAACGAAGUUCUAAAAGCAAUUCGACUUGACAACUGUAAUGUGAAAGGAUUUUUUGCUCAUACUUUAAUGGACGGUUUUGAAUUUGAUUCGGGUUUCACAGAUAAAUUUGGUUUGUAUCAAGUUGACUUUAACGAUCCUCAAAGAAAACGAGUACCAAAAGAUUCUGCUUACUUUUACAAGGAUCUGAUAUCAUCUAACGGUUUCUUCAAGGACACUGUGCCUCGUAUGCCAUUUGAACCUGUCAAAUACCCACGUGAUCCAAACAAUUUACCAAUGCUAGAUGACUUCUAUUAUGGAACUUUCCCUGAUGAUUUUGCCUGGAGUUCAGCAACAGCAGCUUAUCAAGUAGAAGGAGCAUGGAAUGAAGAUGGAAAAGGACCGAGCAUCUGGGAUGUUCAUUCACACAAUGGUAAAAUAGACAACAAUGCUACAGGAGAUAUAGCUUGUGAUAGUUAUCAUAAAUAUAAGGAAGACAUUAAAAUUAUGUCGGACAUGAAGGUAACCCAUUAUAGAUUUUCCAUAUCCUGGCCAAGAAUUCUACCAGACGGUACAACUAGAUAUAUUAAUCGUAAAGGAAUAGAGUAUUACAACAAAUUGAUUGAUGGUCUUAAAGCAGCAGGAAUUGAACCGAUGGUGACAUUGUACCACUGGGAUUUGCCACAGGCGUUACAAUCUCCAUACAAAGGAUGGUUAAAUGAAUCUACAUCAGACCUGUUUGCUAAAUAUGCCAGGAUAUGCUUUCGAGAAUUUGGUGAUAGGGUAAAAUUGUGGAUUACACUAAAUGAGCCCCGUGUUGUAGCGACACAGGGCUACGGAGACGGACACAUGGCUCCAGGAAUUGUAGGAUUAGGAACCACUGUGUAUGACUCAGCUCAUAACCUCAUCAAAGCACAUGCUAAAGCAUAUCAUAUUUAUGAUAAGGAAUUUAGACCAGCUCAGAAAGGAAAGAUCGGAGUGACAAUGAACUUCGACUGGCAUAAUCCAAAGAAUAAAACUAAUAGCAGAGACAUUAAAGCAUCCGAAAUUGGAAACCAGUUCUUUUUAGGCUGGUUCGCCAAUCCAGUAUACGUAAAUGGCGAUUACCCUGACGUAAUGAAGGAAAAGAUUGCAGCUAAGAGUAAACAUCAGAAGUUAUUAAGGAGUCGUUUACCUAGCUUUACUGAGUAUGAAAAGAACUAUAUUAAAGGAACGGCAGAUUUCUUUGGAUUGAACUUUUAUACAUCGCAGAUUGUAACGUUGAAAUCCAAAUCCAGUUAUAAAGCUGACUAUAAUACAGAUGCUGAUAUAUCAACAGAACAAUACUCUUCAUGGAUUGGGUCUGGUUCCCCUUGGUUAAAGGUUACACCAUGGGGACUAAGAAAGGCAUUAAACUGGAUUAGGAAUCACUAUGGCAACACUCCAAUCUAUAUCACAGAAAACGGUGUAUCAGAUAGAAAUGGAAGCAUUCAAGAUGAUCAUCGUGUAUAUUACUAUAAGCAUUACAUCAAUAACGUCUUGAAGGCUAUACGACUUGAUGAUGUGAACGUCAAAGGUUAUACAGCAUGGUCAUUAAUGGACAACUUAGAGUGGAUGAGAGGUUAUACCGAACGUUUUGGUCUUCACUAUGUGGAUUUUAAUGACCCUUAUAGAACGAGGACACCAAAAGCUUCAGCACGAUUUAUUAGAGAUUUGAUAGCGAACAAUGGUUUUUAUCCUGAUAAAGUGCCAUCAAUGCCAACUGAAACGCCACCAGCUUAUAUCAGAACGUUAGCCCCUUGUACAUCAUCAGCUACAAAUAUAAAUAAUAUGUAUAAUAUAUUACCAUUUACUAUUUUGGUUAUUUUAAAAGUAAUGGUGCAACAAUGAUUAGUUUUUACAAUAGUGAAUCGUUGCAUAUAAUGUCAAAGGUCGUGAUGUUCAUCAACAGUAAUAUAAUGCAAUAUGUUUUCUUUUUCUUUUUGCAAUCUGAAUUGAUAUUGUUUCAUUGAGAUAGUAUAAAUGUAUACUUAUAUCUUUGAAAUAUCAUUUCUUACAUUUGUAAUUUUAUAUAAGAUCAUGAUAAAAUGACAUGCAAUUUCCUAAAAAAACAUUCUAGCAAUAAUCACAGAUACCGUUGGAUAUUUUUGAAUCAUUGAUUUUACUAUUGUCUCUUUUCCAUUUUGUUUAUC